ACACAAGCUUGAAAUGAUCCACAAAGUGAAUCGUUUGUUGUUCCUCUGUCUAACAUUAAACUGCAUCUCAGUAAAUCAGGGCAGGAACGUUACUCUCACCUGCCCGCUGAAGAUCAGUGCGAGUGUUGGGAUACUGAGCUGGUACAAGCAGAACGCUGAAGAAGGUCCUCACAUUCUGCUGACCUACAUCCUCACCUCACCUUCAGAUGUGCUCUACGCUGAAGGAAUCGACACUCACAGAUAUGUAGUGUUGAUUAAAAAGCAAUUUAAAUCACGGCAUCGGUUACAGAUCUUAGCUGCUGAGGAAAAGGACACUGCAAUCUAUUACUGUGGAUAUUCAGAGAAAAUGGAUGAAAUAAAGAAGAAGCCAUAG